AUGGCGACAAUGUCCUACAACCCUCAGUUCCACGCAUGGCAAAGGUACACUGGCAUCGAUUCUGUGACCUUCGAAGCCAUCCGGAGCGGUGCAGACCCGAUCCCCAUCGAGCAGAUGGACCUGCCCAAACUGGUUCUGCCCACAGCUGUGGCCGUGGCGAAGGUCAACGCCUUGCUGGACCACGUUGUGAUCAUCGGCCACGACUUGCGACGCGACUUCCAUUUGUUGGGGCGCAACCAAUGCCGCAGUCUUCUUCGUGACACUGCCUUCUAUCCCCUCCUCGCUCUUGGGCUUAGUGCCAAGCGCUUCUCUGGAGGGCUUCCCUCCCUUCGUGCGCUUGCUGCCGAGUGGCUGGAGGAUGAGAAACUCCACAAGGGGGCGCACUCCUCUGUGGAAGAUGCCAGGGCAGCCGUGCUCCUGUACCGCCUUGUCAAGCAAGAGUGGGACUCCUUUGCUGAGAAGAAGUUCGGAGCACCCGUAUGGACGGCCUUCCCCCGGCGCCCGCGCCCAACGGUCAUGAGCCGCUCUGCCGCGCGGCUGCGCCUCCGACGGCUGCGGAACGCCGCUCGGAGGCCGGGCCGCCUCCCUCCGAGGCGUCGUCGAAAACGACCGGCCUCGCGAGCCUCUGCAGAG